AAAUAUAUUGUUUGAAGCCGAUUCGGUUUUCAGUCCACAGCAUCAUUUAAAAUUAUUAUGACAAUGUCGAAAGAAUUAGGGAAACUAGAAGAAGAAGCUUUAAAACGUAAGGAACGUUUGAAGAAUUUAAAACGAAAGUUUGACGAUCAAAAAACAGAAACAAAUGGAGAUGGACAAGAGAAACCUUCUGAAAUUCCAAAACCAAUGUUCCGAAACUAUAAAAAAGACGACGAGAAGAAAAUUACCGAUGAUCUCAAAUUGCCGGAUGUUGCGGAAAUUGUCCAAGAUCAGCUAGAAGAGAUGAAGGAGCCACUUGUUGUGAAUGACAUUGACAUAUCCAAUCUUGCACCCAGGAAAGUUGAUUUCGAUUUAAAACGAGCGAUUAAUAAAAAGUUACAGAAGCUUGAAAGAAAAACACAAAAGGCAAUCGGAGAGUUAAUUCGAGAGCGACUUGAUAAACAAGACGAUUUACUCGAACAAGUCAACAUUGGAGCUCAAGAAUCCCAACAACAGAAUAAUGAUGAAGACUCUGAUUAA